AUGGCGACAGUGUUGGCAGAGGCCCAAUGCCAAGUCUGUUUGGACUGCCUGAGAGACCCUGUAUCUUUAAAGUGUGGGCACAACUUCUGUCGGUCCUGCAUCGAGCUUGCCUGGGAGUAUCAGGAUGUCAAGUUCCCUUGCCCAUUGUGCAAACAGCCACGCCAGGAUAAAAUGUUAAGGAACAACAGUCAACUGAGAAAUAUAUUGCAUGAAGCCAAGUUGUACCACGCCACGGAAAAGAGGGAGAGAGAGAUGCCUCAGUGCAAGGAACACAGUCAGGACCUGAAACUUUUCUGUGAGGAUGACCUAAGUGUAUUAUGUCACAUCUGUAACAAAGACCACCAGGGUCACAACGUGAAGCCUCUAGAGGAAGUUACUUCUAGUCAAAGGAGAAGGCUCAGAGGUUACUCUCUGUUCUUGAAGAAGCAAUUGACACUCUAUGAAAAUCUCAGUUUCACGCAAAAGAAAUCUGAAGAACAGCUGAAUGGGAUGAUUGCCAAAGGGAGGCAAAAAUUUCUUUUUCAAUAUGAAAUUGUGAACCAAUUUUUCAACUGGCAGAAAGAAGUCUGUCUCUUCAGGUUAGCUGAUGAUUUUAAGCAUAUUCAACAAAAUAUUCUUACAAAUAAAAUGGCAGUUUCAGAAUACAUUACUACCUACUCUAGUGUCAGCAAGGAAGUGGUCGAUAUGAGCGUGAUGUUGGAUGAUGUGAAAUUUCUGACAGGCCUCAAGAAGAUCUACGUCAUGUGUGAAGAUCAUAUGGCCCCACCGCUCUCUUCCAUUCAGUUAAGGGAGGAAUUCAGCUUUCGCGUGAACUCCUGGUACAUAUACCCACCUCUGGAGGAAAUGAGAAAGAACUUUCAAAGACAGGUGACUCUGGAUCCUGAAAUAGCACAUCCUAAUCUGGUCGUAUCUGAGGACAAAAAGUCUGUGACAUUUGUGACUGGAAAGAAAAUACUUCUUCCUACUCUGAAGAGAUUUAGCAUUUCCCCAGUGAUCCUGGGAUCUGAAGCCUUCAGUACAGGCAGACAUUAUUGGGAAGUUAGAGUGAAUGACAAGCCUGAAUGGAUGGUGGGAGUUUGUGCAGAAUCUCUUUCCAGGAAGGCUAUUUUAUCCUCCAGAGGGCAGAAUGGACGCUGGACAAUUCAGUUUUGCAAUGACGUGUAUAUUGCACAAGCAUCUGUUUCAGUUACAUUAGAGCUCAAAGAAAAACCUCAAGGGAUAGGUGUUUAUCUGGACUUUGAAUUGGGUGAGAUUUCCUUCUACAAUUUGAGUACAAGCUCACAUAUCCAUUCUUUUUUGAACAAAUUUCCUGGACAACUCAAGCCUUAUUUCUACGUUGGACGUGAUCCUGAACCUCUAACAAUCUGUGCUUUCACAGACUAUAAGUGA